CACAUACUCGCUCAGGAAGAAAGAGAGGAGGCAGGAGUGUGUUCAUACAUCUGCAAUGGCCAUUGAGCUGCGCUCUGGUGUUAAAUAUGGCUCAUUUUUGUCACUUGCAGUGGUGUUGGUGGCGUAUUGGUUCCGAUCUCCGGACAGUUCGGUUCUGGACGACAGGCUGGACGCGGUUCUGUCUUCAUUGCUGCGCGCAGAGCGAAAAGUGGGCAUGAACAGCGUGUCCAGACCGCGAGUGGCCAUAGGUUUUGGCGGCUGUGUGGAUAUCAUAGUCGAUGGAGUGAGUCUGCUAAACAAAAUGGGCUUGAAACCAACAGACCAGCCCCUCCACCACGACUACAUAGAGAACGCAGAGCAGCUGGCACAGAGUUUCGCUUACUUUUUCUCCCCCGGAGCCGCUUCAGAGAGGUUUGUGAUGAAUGACACACUCUUCAGUGAGCUGGUAGAGGCUUCUCGAGAGUUACCAGGAAACAGGUGGUCAAUAGGAGGAAAUGCACCUGUCAUGGCCAGCAGGAUGGCGCUGGAAGGAUGUGAUGUGCUUUUAGGGGGCAGUUUCAGCACCGAUUUCACAGAUAUUCUUUCACAGCGUAUCACAGUGGCUGGAAACACAUUGGAUGAGCCAGACAUCCACUUGAUCCUGGAGUAUCCCACAGGUGCCACAUGGGGGCCAUACACCUCCCGAAGAGCCAAUAGGUAUAUUGUCCAUAGUGAUGAUCAUAAUCCAUAUCUGGACUCCAUGGAGCAAUUUCAGGAGAAGCUGAACAGCUUCAAACCAGAUCUGCUUGUUGUAGGAGGGCUACAGAUGAUGGACAGCUUCCCUUUCAAACGGGGAGAGCGUGAGGCUCUGCUGGGAAAGCUGGCUACGAUGUUAUCCUCUGCGUCCCCGCAGACCGCUGUCCAUUUUGAAAUGGCCAGCUUCGUCGAUGAAAGUCUGAUGUCAGAUCUCCUAGAGUUUGUUCUUCCUCACGCUGACUCGUUGGGCAUGAACGAGCAAGAGCUGCCCAAUCUCCUCAGCCUUUUCCGUGGCAGUAACUUGACUGUGCUUUCCGACCCCAACCCACGCGUAGCUAUCGUGCUGGACCAAAUGCGAGAACUCUACCGCCUUGUAAACCAGCGCCACCAGGAGGCCGGUACGGGACGGCCGCUUACACGUCUUCACGUCCACACAUUAGCUUUCCAGGCCAUCAUCGUCAAACGUGGCUCCAAGUGGAAGAACACCAUGUCAGCCACAGCCAAAGCAUCUCUGACAGCCAAUCGUCACGUCUGCGGCUCGCCGGACAUCGAUCUCAGUAAAGCACGGCUGAUCAUGGAUGAAUCGUUCUCUACUAGCAGGCAAGAAGGAAGUCAGAGAAUUCCGCUUCAGGAGUCUCGACCCGUUUCCUGCUGGGAUGAGAACGGCUAUGAGAUUUGUGUGGCUCCUGUGCUGGUGUGCACUGAGGUGUACCAGACUGCUGGGGGAGGAGACAACAUAUCUGCCGCUGGGCUCGUACUGCAGAUCUGAAUAUGAGAUGUCAUUGUUUUAUUUAGUCUUUUUUGAAUUUUAUUUCAUUAUUUUAUUUUAUUUUUUUGUGGGGGAAAAACAUAGAGACAGAUCAUGUGCAAUACAAACAUUGGGUCCAGCUAAUAUAAAGGUGAAUCUCACAAAACAUGUCAACAGCGUAUCCACAUCUUAUUUCAACCUUAAAUCACAAGGGUGCUUUUUUAUUAUGUUAUUUUUUAUAUUAUAUUCUUAACAAUUAAGCAUACUUUAAACUCCAAUUCUCAUUUCUUUUACACUAUGAGUCAAAUGUUUUUGAACAGUAAGAUUUGUAAUGUUUUUAAAGAAGUCUCUUCUGUUUACCAAGUACAGCAAAAUAGUACAAUUUUGAAAUAUUUUACUAUAUUUAAAAUGACUGCUUUCUAUUUGAAUAUAUUUUAAAAUGUAAUUUAUUUCUGUGAUUUCAAAGCUGAAUUUUGAGCAUCAUUACUCCAGUCACAUAAUCCUUCAGAAAUCACUCGAAUAUUCUGAUCUGCUUCUCAAAAAACAUUUAUUAUUAUUAUGUUGAAAACAGCUGAGUAGAAUUUUUCAGGCCCAAGUCUCUAAGCUUUUCAAUGGGGUUGUGUAUAAUGCUACAAGCUUUUUAUUUCAGAUAAAUGCUGAUCUUUAGAUCUUUUUGAAAUCCUGAAAAAAUGUGCUCAACUGUUUUAAAUAUUGAUAAUAAUAUAUUUUUUUCUUGAACAGCAAAUCAGCAUAUUAGAAUGAUUUCUAAAGGGUCAUGUGACACUGAAGACUGGAGUAAUGAUGCUGAAAAUUUAGCUUUGAUCACAGGAAUAAAUUACAUUUUAAAAUAUAUUUAAAUACAAAGCAGUUAUUUAAAUAGUAAAAAUAUUUCACAGUAUUACUGCUUUUGCUGUAAUAUUUGGGUCAGAUAAAUGCAGGCUUGGUGAGCAAUUCUUUAAAAAACAUUACAGAUCUUACUGUUCAAAAACUUUUGACUGGUAGUGUAUGUAGAAGAUAAAAAAUGUACUACAGGAUUUAUGAUGGUAAUUAGGAAAAAAUAUUGUAUUAUAGUAAUGAGAAUAUAAUCUAAAUGCAUUGUAAUGGAUGCAUUGCAUUACAUGCAUGAAAAUGUGUUUAAUUGUCUCAAAUAAUGUGUCAAUACCAAAAUUUUAUUGUUUUUCCUUAUGCAAAAUGUAAUUUCUUAUUUUUCCUCUUGAUUUUGUGUGAAAUACGAUAUGGACACUUUUUUUGAGAUUCACCGAGUUAUCCUAGUUAUAGGUCAAUUGUUUUCAGUUUGUAUUUCUUUACUCCUAUCCAAAAUCUUUAUGUGUCUUAAAAUGGCUUCGUAAUCAUUCACUUCACGCACAUUAAUCCUACAGGGGCCAGUGAUCAUGAAAUAAUACCCAGAAGAAUCUUUGAGCACCCAGAGUUUAUUAUUUUAUGACUGAAACCAAUCAAUAUCAAUCAAUCAAAAGAAUACACAACAGCUCACGUGUUAAUGUGGAAAUGCAGAAGAAUCUAGCAUGACUGAAGUGUUAUAGGGUCCAUAUUUUUACCAAACAUUGGUUCAUCCUCAUUGGUCGGAUAUAAUUGCUAACUUGUUUUAUGCUAAAAGUCACGUCAUUUAUUCUCAUUCCGUAGCAUCAUUAUAUUCCACUUUAAUGCUGUUACACGUCUUCCGCUCUCAUUUUCUCAUGUCUUAUUUAUAUCUUUAUCUUAUUUUACACCACAAUGACUGAAUUCAAACACAUGCCCUUUUGAAUUUAAGGAGCAUGUCUUGAUUUUUUUUUUUUUUUUUACUUUAGGGAAGUGAAAUGUUUUAAGGAUAAUAAUUUUAGUUUGUGUCAUAUUUUACCCCAAAAUUAAAAGUGAGAAAUUAUUGUAGUAUACUCAAUCGAAUAUAAUUGGAAUUACAAAUAAAUUUCAAGUAAAAAAAAAAAAAAAAAAAAAAAAAA